GCCAGCCUCGAGGGGAUGGGAGGAAAAGCCAUCCUGGAGGAGCUGGCCCAGAGAGGCCCUUUCCUAACAGCACCGAGGGAGAAAGGAGAAGAAAGCUCGCUCCCUUCCCAGAAAGGGCUGAAUCAGCACCUAACGCCCUGCCAUGCGCCAGCUCCCUCGCCCAAUCGCACGCUGGAAGCGACAGGGACCUCUCAAGAAGCUCCCAAGUCACUGCCCCUCCUGGCCGCCAUCCCCUCUGACAGCCCCUCACACCAGCCACGGAGGAGUCAGGCCCUGGGAGUCCCUCAGCAAAGGGACAAACUGGACAGUGAACCUGAGUGCACAGAAGUGUCCAGAGGCUUCUCCUCCUGCGUCCCAGCACCUGGCUCUGGCCCGCAGGGACCCAGCACCUGCGCCUUUGUUCAAGGAAAGUGCUUCCCCGCUUCCUCCUCGCCCCGCCCCCGCCCUGUGCCUCCCUUUGCUUCUGUCCUCACCCUGGCCUCCCUGCGACCUCGCCAACUGGACCAUCCUCCUGCCUGGCUUCCCUCUCCCCCACACCCACUGCCCCCGGGCCAAGCCCCAGCCCCACCCCCCCAGCUCUCGGGCAGGCCAGGUUCCCAAAUCAAGGGCCCGCUCGCCCCCACCUCCGUCCUGUCCCAUCACCGGGGACAGCACUGCCACUUGCAGAACCUUCCAGAUGCUCUCUGAGCCCAUC